UGCUGAAACAAAGGUUAAACCCUGUUCGGCAGAGGAUCAUAUAAAUUGCAAUGUACAAGUUUUCCUUAGCCUUAUAAUAAAAUAAUUAAUUAUUCUGUACAUUAUUGUCAAAAGCAAAGAAACAUGUAUUUAUUUUAGUACUUACCUGUAACUAUUUUUCUAACCCAAUGCCAAGAGAAGUUUCCGACAAAAUAUUUGUGGAAAUAGAACUUACACUUACAGCUCCCUGAUAUAUUUAACAUCUCUCUGAACGUGAAUGGCGGCUCAAAAACUUGACAAGUUAAAAUUGUAUGGUGGAAUUGAUAAAUAAAUAAUUUUAUAAGAAUGAAACCUGUCGCAAAUCAAGCUUAUUGGAAGGAACUAGCUAGCGAGGAACUCAAAGAAGCCCUCCAAGUGAAAUGGAACACGAACACAGCGAAAAACGUAAUUUUGUUCGUUGGGGAUGGCAUGGGACCGAAUACCGUGACAGCUACCAGAAUUUACAAAGGCGGAGAGAGUCACAAACUUGUGUACGAGAAGUUCCCGCAUGUCGGGUUGUUAAAAACUUACUCCGCCAACAAAAUGGUCCCAGACUCAGCGUGUACUGCAACCGCGUUGUUCUGCGGGGUCAAGGUGAACCAAGAGACGAUCGGAGUGGACGCUACUGUCAAACACAGAGAUUGCAUUGCGUCGUUGAAUCCAGAAGCUAGAUUAAAGUCUUUAGCUGCGAUUGCAUUAGAGGCUGGAAAGCGUGCAGGCCUAGUGACGACAAUGCGAGUAACGCAUGCGACUCCGGCGCCGAUGUACGCGCACAGCGCCGAUCGAAAGUGGGAGUGCGAUGGCAAGAUGCCCGCGGCGGCGCUGGCGACGAAAGGCUGCAAGGACCACGCCCGGCAGCUGAUCGAGGACUGGCCGGGACGGGAUUUACAUGUAAUAAUGGGUGGCGGCAGACAAGUUCUAGUAUCAAAUGUGACAAACUCAUCUGCAGAUCCAUACGACUCCAGUCGAUGGGGGUGUUUUCGUAAAGACGGGAGAGACCUCAUCGAAACUUAUAGAAAAGAUAAAGAAAGACGAACUUUGAAAUAUAGCAUCGUCACUAAUAACAAAGAACUGAAGGCUCUUGAUGAGAAGAACACUGAUUAUCUUUUAGGCAUCUUCGCCAACGGACACCUGAAUUUUGAAUAUCAACGGGAUAAAGGUCCAGCGGGAUCACCAUCCUUAUCGGAGAUGGUGGAAGCGGCCAUCAAAGUACUGCGACAGAGCAAGACAGGAUACUUCCUUAUGGUAGAAGGCGGCAACAUUGACAUGGCGCACCACCGAGGGCGGGCAAAGACAGCCGUUGACGAGGCAGCGGCCAUGGAAGAUGCAGUCAGACGCACGUUGGAGCUGACUGAAGAGAAAGACACGCUUCUUUUGGUCACCAGCGACCAUACGCAUACGUUAUCUAUUAACGGGUAUCCGUUAAGAGGAACUAAUAUUUUUGGAAUAGCUGCCAAGUCGCCGUACGACGGAUUAACAUACACAACACUGAGCUACGGCACGGGCGGCCCCGGUUCAUUCCAAUACGAAGUGGUGGCCGAACGCGUGAUACGUAAAGCCCCGUCUUACAAUGACACGGACAGCUUUGAAUAUCAACAGGUGGCGGCUAUUACCUUGGAGGAGAAUAGUCAUGGCGGGGGAGACGUUGUUAUCUAUGCCAGAGGACCUCACGCCCAUUUGUUCCACAACGUACACGAGCAGCAUUACGUGUACCACGCAAUCUCGUACGCAGCCAAGAUCGGGGCGCACUCUGGCGCGCCUCCUCGAGCGACAGCGAAGCUUUCUUCCAUUGCGGCAUAUAUCAUAUUCAUCGCAGUAUGGCUUGAUUCGCUGGUUUAAAAAACAACUAGUCUAGACUUUUUUCUGCUGGAACAAUAUUUGAUUUAUGACUUUUUGAGAUUUUUAAUAAAAUGCUCUUCCAUUUAAAAUAAUUUUGUAGAAUACAAAUAAUUUAUUUAAAUUACUUAUUCUUUCUCGCCCAAGUUACAAUAAUUAUUAUAGCAAUUGUUAGUGUUAGAACAAACAGGCAGUGGUCUUUGUUAAAUAAUAUUAUAUAUACGCGACGGGAUGCCCACCCUCA